GCGGGAGUUGCGGCGAAAUAACGUAUAGUCGAUAACAGCUGGUAGGAGUUUUGGGUAAGUCCAUCCGUCCGCUGCUGCAUGGGUGGGUUACGGGGCCUGUUGCACCAAGCUUGACUCGUCACGACGUGCGUAUGACCACGCUCUUCGCCGACUCUUCUCUCUUCUCAUCUUCAACCAUCAUCAUCGCCAGACUCGCGCUCAUGAGUCUUGGUGUUUUUGCAUCUUCGUCAAGUGUCGCAUAGGGCCUCCCUGAUAAAUCGGCACAUCACCAAUAUGCUGCUCUCACAGCUUUCCCGGUGCAGCAAGCGCCUGGCUCAUCCAGGUUCCGCCGCCAGAUCUCUUUCCAGCCUGGCAUCGCCCUCUCCUAGAACAUCCUUGAUCGCUAAGAGGAGGGAACUAGGCCUGUCAACAUACAACGCAUACACCUCGCAGCACAGGAAAUAUGCCGCGUCUGCAGAGACGGAGCAGAGUGUUGAUCCCUCUGAUUCCUUCUUGCAGGGAAACAGCGCCAACUAUGUUGAUGAAAUGUACAUGGAAUGGAAGCGGGAUCCUGAAUCCGUCCACGUGUCAUGGCGGUCCUACUUCAAGAACAUGGAGAGUGGCGACAUGCCCGUCAGCCGUGCUUUCAUCCCGCCACCAAGCAUCGUGUCAUCACCGGCCGGUGGUGUCCCAGCACCCAACUUCAACUACGGCUCUUCGACUGGAAAUGAUGAUGUGACAGCUCAUUUGAAAGUCCAGCUGCUCGUACGCGCCUACCAGGCCCGUGGUCACCACAAAGCCCAGACCGACCCGCUAGACAUCAGAAAUCAGGACACCACUUUCGUAAGGAGGCCGAAGGAGCUGGAGCUUAGUGCAUACAACUUCAGCGAGUCUGAUAUGGACACCGAAUUCCAUCUUGGACCUGGUAUUCUUCCGCGCUUCAAGACAGAAACCCGUGACAAAAUGACACUCCGCGAGAUCAUCGAGAACUGCGAGCGCCUCUACUGCGGGCCUUAUGGCGUCGAAUAUAUCCAUAUUCCUGAUCGAGAGCAAUGUGACUGGCUUCGUGAGAGAUUCGAGGUCCCCCAACCAUACAAGUACAGCGUUGACGAGAAGCGUCGGAUCCUCGAUCGUCUCAUCUGGUCGUCAUCUUUCGAGGCAUUCCUCGCCAACAAAUACCCCAAUGACAAACGUUUCGGUCUCGAGGGCGGUGAAUCGCUCAUUCCCGGCAUGAAAGCACUUAUCGAUCGAUCGGUCGAUUACGGUGUCAAGGAUAUCAUCAUCGGCAUGCCGCAUAGAGGUCGUCUCAACGUCUUGUCCAACGUCGUGCGAAAGCCCAACGAGUCUAUCUUCUCCGAGUUUGGAGGCUCUGCAGAGCCAUCUGAUGAGGGAUCCGGAGAUGUGAAGUACCAUCUUGGCAUGAACUUCGAACGUCCCACACCUUCAGGAAAGCGUGUUCAGCUCUCUCUGGUGGCCAACCCAUCGCAUUUGGAAGCUGAGGAUCCUGUCGUCCUCGGCAAGACCCGCGCGAUUUUGCACUACAAUAACGACGAAGAGAAGGCUGAGUCUGCUAUGGGUGUACUGCUGCACGGUGAUGCAGCUUUUGCCGGGCAGGGCGUCGUAUACGAGACCAUGGGCUUCUACGCGCUGCCCCAAUAUCACACCGGAGGCACGGUCCACAUCGUCGUCAACAAUCAGAUCGGUUUCACCACCGAUCCUCGUUUUGCCCGUUCGACCCCAUACUGUUCUGACAUUGCCAAAUUCGUCGAUGCUCCCGUGUUCCACGUCAAUGGUGAUGACGUUGAAGCUGUCAACUUCGUCUGUCAAAUCGCUGCUGACUGGCGUGCUAAAUUCAAGAAAGAUGUAGUCAUCGAUCUUGUGUGCUACCGUAAACAGGGCCACAACGAGACUGAUCAGCCAUCCUUCACUCAACCUCUCAUGUACAAGCGCAUCAGUGAACAGAAACCCGUUAUUGACAAAUACGCCGAGCAGCUCAUUGAGGCCAAGACUUUUACCAAGGAAGAUAUCGAGGAGCACAAGAAGUGGGUCUGGGGCAUGCUUGAGGAAUCAUUCGCAAAAUCAAAAGACUACACGCCAACUGCUAAGGAAUGGUUGACCAGCGCAUGGAACGGUUUCAAAUCUCCCAAGGCCCUUGCCACCGAGAUUCUUCCCCACGAGCCGACCGCGGUUGAAUGGGACACUCUCAAGCACGUCGGAAACUUGAUUGGAGCUACGCAAGCGCCGGAAGGUUUCCACGUGCACAAGAAUUUGAAGCGUAUCCUAGCGAGCCGCACCAAGACUGUGAGUGAGGGCAAAAACAUCGACAUGUCUACCGCUGAGGCUCUCGCAUUUGGCACCUUAUGCAUGGAAGGACAUCACGUACGCGUUUCUGGACAGGACGUCGAACGUGGAACCUUCUCCCAACGCCACGCUGUGCUCCACGACCAAGACUCAGAGGCUACCUACACCCCGCUCAAGGAGCUGGGCAAGGAUCAGGGCUCAUUCGUCAUUUCAAACUCUAGCUUGAGCGAGUACGGUACUCUCGGAUUCGAAUAUGGCUACUCUCUGUCUUCUCCAAAUGCUCUGGUCAUCUGGGAAGCCCAGUUCGGUGACUUUGCGAACAACGCUCAGUGUAUCAUCGAUCAAUUCAUCGCCUCUGGUGAAGUCAAAUGGCUUCAACGUUCUGGUCUUGUCAUGAGUUUGCCUCACGGGUAUGAUGGUCAAGGGCCUGAACACAGUUCAGGCCGUAUGGAGCGCUUCUUACAACUUUGUAACGAAGACCCACGCAUUUUCCCAUCUCCCGAAAAGCUUGACCGUCAACACCAGGACUGCAACAUGCAAAUCGUUUUCUGCACCACUCCGGCAAACGUCUUCCACAUUCAUCGUCGACAGAUGAACCGCCAGUUCCGCAAGCCUCUUGUCUCGUUCUUCAGCAAGAGCUUGUUGCGCCACCCGCUGGCUCGCUCUCCGAUCGAGGACUUCACUGGUGAGAGCCACUUCCAGUGGAUUAUCCCAGACCCCGCCCAUAAGGAGGGUGCCGAGUUCAAGAUCGAUUCGCACGACAAAAUCGAGCGAGUCAUUCUCUGCUCUGGUCAAGUUUUCGCCGCACUCUUCAAACACCGUGAGAAGAACAACCUUACCAACACUGCGAUUACCCGUAUUGAGCAACUGAACCCCUUCCCCUGGGCUCAGCUCAAGGAGAACCUCGACAGCUACCCCAACGCCAAGACCAUCGUAUGGUGUCAAGAGGAACCUCUCAAUGCCGGUGCUUGGUCCUUCACCCAGCCACGUAUCGAGACCCUGCUGAACCACACCGAUCACCACAACCGUAAGCACGUCAUGUACGCUGGGCGCAACCCAUCUGCAUCGGUCGCCACUGGUCUCAAGGCAAGCCACUUGAAGGAGGAGAACGACCUGUUGGAAAUGGCCUGGCGCGUCAAGCAAGACAAGCUCAAGGGGGAGUAGAAAGUGAUCUGCUGUGAUUUCAAGCGUGGAUAAAUCUCGAGGCUCUCUUGUUGGGUGGGGUCGUGACUUUUUCACCGCCCAAUGCAAAUUUUCUUGUAAACGUAUUAGUCCUUUUUUGCUUAGCAAGGUCGGCAGGCGCAUAUCGGUUGCUAAUAAAAUCAUUCAAUUCUUUCCGACACAGCACUCCACAGGUUCCGGUACAAUUCAGAGACUUCGUAUUUGGCAAUUCAUCCCAUGUCGAGAAUAUAUAUGCCUACAUACAGAAGAACGUUUGUCCAUGAGACAAAUCGAAACGACGGUCUAGCGUCAUUUUAAAAUAUUUCAUAGAAUAAAGGUUUUUUUACAAUUGUGCGAAGUCAUAAUACAUGAAAAUAUA